UUACGCUGCAGUUUCUUUUGUUUUUUGAUCCCUCAUCCCUCACACAAAACUCAAACAACACGUACCCUCAAAACCCGCUCUACGCCAAACCCUUGAAAGCAAAAACCGUCCAAAAUUCAUAAAGAGAGAGAAAACCCGAAAGGGAGAAAGUAAGAGAGAGAGAGAGAGAGAGUUGUUCAAAUCCACUCUUCCUAGCUUUGUUGUCCAAUUUCUUCACGUUUCAAUGGCAGAAUCAUCAUCUUCCGCACGUAAAACUAAUCCCCAGAAGGUGCUAUUGGAUAGGGAUAUGACUGCGGUUCAGCAACUCAUGCAGCUAAGCGAUGAAGAUAACAACAACAACAACAACAACAAAGAUAACAAAAAGAGGAAAAAGCCGGAGAAAGAAUUAGGAGAGGUUGAUCAACGCCUGAGUGAAAAAACUUCAGCAAAGAUUGAAGAGAUUUUCGGAAAAGAAGAGGCGUAUCGGCCACAGAAACAAAGAUAUCGGUCUCUUGAUAGUAUUUACAUGGAAACGAAUCCGAUGAAAGCUAUAGGUAUGGGAAGAAGGUGAUCAGGUCUUAAACUAGUUUAAUGGGGUUUUGACAUAGGAGGUAAUUUAGUAUUUGAUUUAGUGUUAAUGUAAGGGUUUUUCAUAAUUUUCUUAGAAAAGAAAAUUAGAG